AUGGACGAGGAAGCAUAUCUGGCUAAACCAGCACCCGCCUAUCUGGCUCAUCGACCAUCCCAUUCAGACUUGAGCAUCACCCAUCGUCGAAUCCCACAAGCCGCUUUGAAAGAGCAUACCGCCCUCGAGACCCGGCCCACCACUCCUAGCCAGCCGCUGAAACAAUAUUGGUCCAUUCUCAUCGCCGGGGUCAUUCUUUUGAUCAUCCCCCUCUGGGCUCUCAGUAGCCUAGAGACGGAAAGGAGCAAACUAGGCGCUAUCUCGUUGUUGAUUGUCUGUUUCGUCGCCCUGCUGGCCACAGACCCACCAAUUCAUCCGGGCCAGAUUCUGGCUGCUGCCGCUGCGUAA